AUGCACGCUGCCCUGCAAUGGCUUCUUCGGAUCGUGAUAUCAUCACUUGCAAUAAUACUGGACCCGCUAACGUACUUAUAUAGUUUAACAAACAACAAAAAAUGUCCACCACCUACAAACCCGAUACUUUUUAAAUCGGCAACAAAAUUGGCUGCAAUGAUCAGAAACAAAGAGAUAUCUUCAGAAGUAGUAGUAACAGCAUAUAUAGAACGAUGCAAGGAGGUGAAUGCAUACCUAAAUGCGAUAGUGGAACCACGUUAUGACGUUGCAAUCAGAGAAGCGCAAUCGAUAGAUAAGAUGAUCCGUUCAAAUGAACGAUCAGCAGAAAUGUUGGAAAAAGAGUUCCCAUUGUUAGGAGUCCCCAUGACUGUGAAGGAGAGCCUAGGUGUUGAAGGAAUGAGUAAUAAUGUGGGUUAUGUAUACUCCUAUCGCAACCGAGCGACCAAAGAUGCUGAGAUCGUCCGACUGGCUAGAGCGGCUGGUGCUAUACCGAUAGCGGUCACAAACACACCACAGUUUUGUAUGAACUGGGAGACAUUCAACAACGUUACUGGUGUCACUAGGAAUCCUUAUAACUUGAAGUGCACACCAGGCGGUUCUUCGGGUGGUGAGUCUGCACUCAUAGCAGCCGCUGCAUCUGUAAUCGGCCUUGGUUCAGACUUAGCUGGGUCAUUACGACUGCCGGCCAUGUUUACUGGGAUAUUCGGACAUAAGCCUACCCCGCGAUUACUGUCUAUUGAAGGUCACUGGCCAUAUGGUUUGAACCAUGAUUUUGAAGACUACUUUGCAGUCGGACCCAUAACAAGAUACGCUGAAGAUUUGCCACUACUCCUUAAAGUACUAAAGCGACCAAAUGGCCCUGAAGUGCCAUUCGACAAACCUGUCGAUAUCACUCGUCUUAAAUUCUAUUAUAUGGAAAGCGAUGGUAGCUACGCCCUAAACAAAAUUGGACCUGAUGUUAGAAAGGCAAUGGACAAAGCUAAAGCUUACAUAAAGUCCGCGUUUAAUUUAAACGUCCGUAAGCUCCAAAUCAAAAAUAUGCAUCACAUGUGUGAAAUAAGCGGGCGGAUAAUAGUAAGGUUGAAUCAUGUACCGAAUAUCUAUACCGACCCAAAGGGUCGGAGUAUUUCGAAGUCGAUGUGGCCAGAACUUUUGAAGAAGAUGGUCGGGAUGUCCAAUGAUAGCUUAUUUAGUGUAACUUAUCGACCCGCUCAACAGUUGUUGGAUAUUCUACCCGAGGGAUAUUUCGAGGAACUGCUUAAAACACUUGAACAAAUUAAAGAAGAUAUUAAGAAAGAACUUUCGGACGACGCUGUUUUGUUAUUUCCGACGUAUCCAGAACCUGCCCACUUACAUUACAGAGUAUUUUAUAAAGUAAUAGAUAGUGGAUACUUAUCGAUCUUUAACGUGUUGGGACUCCCUUCGACUAAUUGUCCAAUAAGCCUAACCGAUAAAGGUCUUCCAGUGGGAAUACAGAUAGUUGCAAAUAAAUAUCAAGAUCAUCUUACAUUAGCAGUUGCUAAGCAAUUUGAAAGAGCAUUCGGUGGUUGGGUGCCCCCCAAAUAA